AUGAAUGAUGAUUUGAGUAUGGUGUUUCCAAUUACUGUUCCAAAGAAAAUUUCUGAAAUUCUUAAAGAAGUUUCAUUCAUCGAUGAUUUUUCCAAGAAAUUAUCGAAGCUGGAAUUUUAUGUUCAUGCUUUGGAGCUAGAAAUGUCAAAAAUUGAUGCUUUCAAGCGAGAACUACCUUACUCAAUGAGCCUGUUAAAGGAUGCAAUUGAGAUAUUGAAGGAGGAAGGAUUACAGUGGAAGGGAAAAGAUGUGGAGCCAGUGAUGGAGUUUUCAUUGAAGAGUAAUUAUGAGGAAAAUGGAGGGAUGAAAAGGUCAAAUGAUUUCAUUGACAAGAAGAAUUGGAUGAGUUCUGCUCAGCUGUGGAGCACCCCGGUUCACGAUGGGAAUAAUUUUGAUAUCAGAAAUCAAGACUCCAUUUUGCACCAAAAAUUAACAUAUAACAAAGAAGAGAAUAGCCAUGGAAAGGGGAACAAAUUUGUUCCAUUUCAGAAACCUUGUAAUGGAACUGUUGAAGAAGAGAAGGGGAUGAUUAUGCCAGUUCACAGUCUAUCCCUGUCCAUUUCUGGUAAUUGUAGGGCACAGCAGCAACACCAGCUGCAGAAGAAACAGAGAAGGUGUUGGUCCCCUGAGUUGCACAUGAGAUUCGUCAGUGCACUCCAUCAGCUUGGAGGUGCACAAGUGGCUACACCAAAGCAAAUUAGAGAACACAUGAAAGUAGAUGGCCUGACCAAUGAUGAAGUGAAAAGCCAUUUGCAGAAAUACAGGCUUCAUAUCCGUAAGCUUCCUACUUCAUCAACUGAUGUGUCGAGUUGCUCGCGGUUAACGCAAGAUCCAUGCAAGGCUGUUGUUGCACAAUCUGGCUCCCCACAAAGCCCUCUGCAUCCGGGAGGGUCACCUAAAGGGCUCUCAGCCACCGAUCGAGGCAGCAUGGAAGAAGAGGAUGAUAAGUCAGAAAGCCAUAGUUGGAAGGGUCUACUUCACAAGCCAGUUGACGAACAGUAG